AUGGCGGCCUCGACUCGACCACAACCAAGACGAGGUCCAUCGGGAGCAUGGAACAGAUUAAAGCCCGCUCCCUCCGAUCCACUUGAAGCAUACGGUCUUCCAUCCAAAGGAGAAACGAGACUCCAUGACCACAAAGCUCAGGAAACAUACUACACCCGCAUCGUCGAGCGGUACAUGAAAUUCUGCGCUUCCUCCAACGGUGGCGACGACCUCGAAGCCGCCUUCUCCUCCCUCUCCAUCAAACCCACCUCUUCCCUUGCCCGCCCUGCUCCUCAACCCGCCACCUCCCAAGCCACCUCAUCAACAAGACCGAUGCCACCACCACCCGUUCGACCACCCACUCUCACCUCCGACCCCACUAGUGAUCUCCCAACCAUCAUCCUCGCGAUGCGCAAACUCCGCGAAGCCAUCCUCGGUUCCCGACGCUGCGACGCCUUCGCUCAGCGCGCCUACAUGUUCAUCAUCCACGCCUGCAUCCUCACACGGUCCUGGGAAUCAUACCAGCCCGCUCUUCAAUACCUCCUCCGCUCCAUCCACCCCAUCACUCCACUCUCUCUACCCGAAGUCCAGGAGUUCUCCGCAUACCUGAUCCUCGACCUCGCGUGUCGACAGGGCGACCUACAGGACGCUUUCGUCGCGCGGGCGAAGUGGAGGAAUCGCGAUCGGAAAGUUGGAGCUGUGUUGAAUGCGCUGGUGCAGGAUGAUUGGGUGCGGUUUUGGAGGGUGAAGAGGGCGGUGGAUGGCUAUCGGAGGGCGAUUUUGGAGUUUGCGGCGGAGGGGAUGAGGGUGCAUGCGUUGAAGUGUUUGGGGAGGAGUUAUAUGGCCGUCGAGAAGGGGUUUGUGGAGAGGAGUGGGGAUGCGAGUUGGGAGGAGUUGGUGAAGGGUGGGGUGGGGUGGGAGUUGGGUGAGGGUGAUCGGGUGGUUAUUCGGAGGCCGAAGCCGAAGUGA